AUGAUUGUCUUCACUGGGUAUUUAAUUGCCAUUGUUUUGAUUUUGUUUCCUCUUUAUUACUACUACGCAAAAUGUUAUGCUUUGGAGAAGUUUUACCAUCAAUUUCCAAGCCCUCCAAAAACGCCCUUUUUUGGAAAUGCUUUAGAUUUAAAAACAACAAAAGAUCUAUUUCAAAGUUUUCACAGAUAUGUGAAAGCAUACGGAACGAUGGUUCACCUAAAAAUUGGUCCUUUUGAUCAUAUGUUACUUUGUUCCAAUCCGAAAUUUCUUGAAUUUUUACUGACCAGUAACACAUUGCUAAAAAAAUCACCGAAUUUAAGGUAUUUAGUGCCGUGGAUUGGCACUGGAGUAGCAACUGCUUAUGGACCAAAAUGGAAAUUACACAGAAAACUCGUAACGCCGGCAUUUCAUUAUAGUGUUUUGUCCCAGUUUGUAAACACUUUUGAAUCGAGUGGAAACAUUUUGGUCGAGAAAAUAUCAAAAUUAUGUGAUGGGCAAAAAGUUGAUAAUUUUGAUCUUUAUCCACACAUUACGAGAUGCACUUUUGAUAUAAUUUGUGAGACUGCAAUGGGCACCAAAUCAAACGUCCAAACCAACGAAACUUCCGUUUAUUUUGAAAGUAUCAAGGAAAUGUGUAGAAUUUUUAUGUCUCGAACCAUGGCAGUGUUUCAACGUUACGAUUUUAUUUUCCGGUUUUCAAAAGACUUUCAUUUGCAGAAGAAGGCGUUAGAUAUCAUACAUAACUACUCAAAUGAAGUGAUUGCAACAAAACGCAAAGAACUGGACGAAAAUGUAAAACAAAAAGAGAGUGUUGACGAUUUGGGGAGAAAGGAAAAGAUGGUUUUUUUGGACAUGAUUUUGAACAAAGCUAUUGAUGGUCACAUCUUUAGCCAGGAAGCGAUUAGAGGAGAAGUGGACACUUUUAUGUUUGCUGGUCACGAUACCACGGCCACCGCAAUAAGUUUCAUUCUUCUUUGCAUCGCAAACCAUAACGAAGUUCAAGACAAAAUUAUUGAAGAACAGGAGCGUCUUUUUGGCUGUGAAAAAAACCCAAAAGUGACUUUUGCACAUUUACAAGAAAUGCAGUUUUUGGAAAAUGUUAUCAAGGAAGGGUUGCGUUUGUACACUCCUGUGCCGCUGUACGGAAGGCAAAUUGAUAAAAAUGUGGAAUUUGAGGGAAUGCUUAUUCCUAAAGGAGUCAAUGUCGUUAUUUUUAAUCACGGGGUUCACAUGAAUCCUGAAUUUUACCCCAAUCCUGAAAAAUUCGAUCCGAACAGAUUUGAAAGUAUGGAAGAUAAACACCCGUUUGCGUUUAUACCAUUCAGUGCUGGUCCACGAGUUUGCAUUGGUAAAAAAUUUGCCAUCUUGGAAAUAAAAAGCAUACUUUCAAAAAUCGUUCGAAACUUUGAGCUAUUUCCUGCUUCUCCGAGCUACGAGUUGGACCUAGCUGCAGAGACUGUUCUAAAGUCCCUCAACGGUAUUCGAAUCGGGAUAAAAAGAAGAGAAACAUUUUGAAAUGAAAUAUUUAUUAUGCUUCCCUGCCUUAAAUUACAAAAUAAAUUACAACGUAUUCGUAAAA